GUCCGAUUUGUUUGCUGUGAUCGCAAGCGUCCUGGUGAUAGCAGCGACGUCCCUUGGGGUAGAGUUUUCUGGUGUGUCGCUAUUGAAGCUGUUGACUACGACGAUUCGGAGGAGCAGGAGGAGGAGGAGAUUGAAGAUGAGGGCUCCGAGGAGGAGAUCGAUUAGAGGCCGCACUACCAGCUUCCGUGGACUCGGGGUGCUGUUAUACCGUAAAUCUGUAUAUUCUCGGUGGCGUACUUAUGAGAUUCACAAAGAGCAGGCAGCCAUGAAUAACUUUCCCUUCCGAAGUCAAUCCGACCACUCCCCGCUUAUAAGAGAAAUGCGCCGCUCGCCGUCUCCGACCCCCGUAACCGUUGGGAGGCAAUUUCAAGAUGCACCUCAUGUCCGUGCUAUGUGCGGUGGGCGCUCUGUCAUUGACUCAAUUCAUGGCUUCGAACGUAUUCCUUGUCCAGACGACCUCAGGUCCAGUCCAUGGCUUCCUAGACACCAAUACCACCUCCGUCCCUCUUAACAAAUUGCUCGGAAUGCCUUUUGCUGCAGACACAUCUGGGCAGAAUCGAUGGAGACCUCUAAAGCCGGUGUUUCAUGAGGACGUGUUUGAUGCUUCCGCGUAUGGACCUGCGUGUAUGCAAGGCAGGGCAGAUGGUGGAAAUGGGACUUCGGUCCAGAGUGAGGAUUGUUUGAGGGUGAAUGUCAUCUCGCCGAAGGGGGCGAAGAACUUGCCUGUCUAUGUUUACUCUUAUGGCGGAGGGUUCGAUAGCGGGUCCUCUUCUGAUCCAAAAAUUGACGGGUCCUUCCUUGCUGCCAAAGGUAUAGUUUUUGUCAGCUACAACUACCGUCUUUCGCUUUUCGGCUACCCCCAUGCGGCUGAGAUCGCCGAAGCUGGAGAGACGCAAAACUUUGGUCUCCUGGAUACCCGAGCUGCUGUUGAGUGGGUAAGAGACAAUGUGAGAAGAUUUGGUGGGGACCCUGCAAAGAUGACUUUGGGAGGUGAAUCUGUUGGUGCUGAAAUGACCAAUCAAUACUUGACGGCCUUCGCCAAAGAUCCAAUCAUCCGAGGUGCGGUUAUGCAGAGUUCCGACACUUCCCAACCCAUGUGGCCUCUGAAUGACCAAAUCAGCAAAGUCUCCGCAAAUGUCGGCUGCCCGACCGGCCGCGGGCAGUUAGCUUGUUUACGGACCAAAUCUGGAGUCGAGCUUCAGAAGGUGCUUCUGGCAACGGGAACACAAUUUCAACCUGCGACUGAUAAUGUCACGAUAUUCAAAGAUUUCGUCGCAUUGACAAAGGCUGGACAUACAGCACGAGUUCCUUUGUUAAUUGGAACAAACAAAGAUGAGGGAACAUUGAUUGUUGAAGGGGAACCAACCGCAUACCUCGAUACCAUCGUACCUUAUGCAAAGAGCAAUAACCUGAACUUCCCUUUUGCGAAUGUUACCAAACUGGAAGAAUUGUAUCCAACUCCAUCCACAGCCUUUCCAACAGCAUACAAUGCAACAGCAGCAAUAUGGCGCGAUGCACAUAUGCUCUGUUUGGCCCAUAACCUUGCUACUCAACGAACAAAAACUCUUGGGCUUCCUGUAUGGCGAUAUCGUUUCGAUCUGGUCGCAAACAACUUGAACUCUCGGGGAGUACGAAUUGGGACAUUCCAUGGGUCUGAUAUUAGGUUUGUUAUGGGGACUUGGAGGACCAUUGUGCUGUCGCCGCCGUUUAUCGCUGCUACACAGGAUGAGAUUACGGUAUCUGCCAUUAUGGUUGAGGCAUGGACGAAUUUCAUCAAGGAUCCGCACAAAGGCCCGCAGAUUUCAGGGUGGAAGAGAUUCGAUCCUAAAGACCGUACAUCACUCGCCCUUCUAGGGAACUCCUUGACGGGAGCUGAGCCCGGCGAUCACUUUACCACUGAUAGUUCGUGUGCAUAUUGGAAUACCAUCCUACCGAUAUAUCCUCAGACGUUCCCGCCUUGUGGCAGUUGGACCUGUUGAGUCCAGAUGUGAAACGCAGCGGCUUGUAUCAGUUGCUAAGAUGUCAAUGAGAUAGCGACGUUGUUUUCUUUUUUGACGUUCCGUUGUACUAGACACGGCAUGCAAUAACCCAUCCGUAGUUAGUACAG